AGUCGGGCAUCCUCCCUUGAACGCUCGGAGACUGUCCUGACGCACGGAACCGCCUACCCUUUCCCCGUGGCCAGAUCCCCUCUUACAGUCCCUGGGAUGACCUCUCCAGGAGAAUCCCCCACAAGUUCCCGCUUCUGCAGUGAUAAGCAUUUUCUUUCCCCUUAUUCUCCACGCCAGGCCUGCGUCCGGGGCUUCUUGGUCCGACGCCACUUCCAGAGCCUUCGAGCUGAGUAUGAGGCUAUUGUACGAGAAAUCGAGGGUGAUCUGGGCACGCUUCAGUGGACAGAGGGCUGGAUUCCCAGGCCCCAGUUUCUCCCAGAGAAGGCAAAAUACCAUCGGACCCGGAAACCCCAAAGGAGGGCACCAGAUCCACAGCAGGAACUUUGGAGCCGCUUCUCAAGUAAAGAACCUGAGAGAGAUGUUGUCUUGGGGGAGGUGAUGCUGAAGAGGUCAGGAAAGAGCUCGGCAGACUCAGGAAGUCGUCUUUGCAGAAGUGACAGCCUCUGGUUUCAGGAUGAGCACAGCAGGAAAGCCAGGAAUGUCAGCCAAGAGGAGAUCAGAGAUACGCCAAGUAUGGAGAACCCAGAAGCUGCAGGUCCAGGACUGCCCUACAGCCCCACAGAGCUCCGGGAGCUCCAGUACCACCACAACCACUUGGCCAUGGAACUGCUGUGGCUGCAACAGGCUAUCAGUAGCCGUAAGGAGUACCUGAUUCUUAAACAAACACUGACAUCUGGCCCAGAGGUGAGCCGGCCCAGAGACAAGCCCAACUUGUGCCCAGAUGGCAGGACACAGACCUGUGAGAGGGCUGGGUCACAAACAAGCCCACCACCAAAAAACCAGUCCUACAGAGACAGGACCACUAGAGAGCCAGACUAUGUGGAUGACUGUUGGAGGCUCAAAGCACAACGCCACAAGUCCCUGGAAAGACUGGCCACUACAGACAAAACUACUGCUGGGAUCAAGUACAGGGACCCAUGCUACAGAAGAGCUGGGCCACAGCUGCCCACACUAUCAGAUAACCAGGCCUUAGAGAACAGGUUCACCAAAGAGCCAGACUGUGGGGAACAGACCUUUGGACGGACCUGCCCGCAGCGGAUGACUGCCCUGGAUGACCACACCCCCAAAGACCUCAAACCCAGGGGCUCCUAUUCCGAAAAGGCCAGGACCUGGGUGCCCACACUCUGUGAAGACCCAGAUAUUGAGGACAAGUCUCCCACAGGGCCGGAACACAGAGAGGCCAAUCGCCAAAGAGCUAGGCCACGGAAGUCGGACCUCUCAGAGGACUUUGGCAUAUGGGAUGAGACCUUGGCAGAGUAUGGUGGCCAGGAUCUCUGGAAGACUAAACCACCUAAGGGCCAGUUCCCUAGGGACAAAAGCUCCAGAGACAGAACCUCCAAUGAACCUAGCCAUGAGGAAGGGAAAAACCAGAGGAUUGUACCAUGGCAAUCAAGGCCGCCUGAGAAACUGUCUUCAACAGGGACACUCCACAUGGGAGAGGAAGGCCCUCCUUGGGGAGCCAGGGGGAAGACCCGCUUCCAAAGGGGGGUGCUAUGAGAGGGUGAUGAGGGAGGCAGGGCUUCAUCCUUGCUCCCUGCUACCAGCUCUACCUUCUGCCCUUGGCCAUUGGUGGCUAAUGGGGCCAAGAGAAGCUGGAGCAAGGAGCUGGCACCAGCAUAGGGAGAGGAUAGGAAGAGACUCUCUUCCAUCCUCUGUCUGUAGCUUAAUCCAAAUUUUGGGACAGGGAGUUAUCCGGGGUAAGUAAAGUGGGGAGCCUGAUAGAGAAUAAAGGUUUUUCAUGGAUUCUA